AUGGACUUUGGGGAUAUUAUUGUUUUGGAGACAGAGGCCGCCAGAAGAGUCCGCGAUGAACGAAGAAUUCAUCGGCGGAAUCUCCGAGAUCGAAGUAACCCCUUCGAUUUAGGAGAUGAAGAAUUCCGAAUUUACUUUAGAAUAAAUAAGGAAAUUGCCUUAAUUUUAACUCGCUCUCUUGAGGGCGAUAUAAGAAGGAGCCGGUCUCAUGGACUGCCAGUACAUAUUGUAGUAAGUAAUUCUUCAAUCUUCAAUUUCAACUAUGUAAUGAGUUACACUAUAGUACGCGAAAUAAAUUGUUUCAGAUUGUGGUUGCAGUGCGUUUUUAUGCCGUUGGUAGCUACCAACGGUGUGUUGGCCAAGAUUAUAAUAUUGUAUUGGCACAACGAACGGUCAGUAAGGUCGUUAAGGAGGUGUCGCAUGCCAUUGUGCACAGACUCCUCAAUGUUUAUAUUAAAUUCCGUAGCACAGCUGAGGAAAGAUCUAAAGUUGUGCAAGGUUAGCGAAGAGGACGCGUCCGACAGAGCGAAGUGGAAGAGAAAGACCAGGAAGGCAGACCCCACCAUCAGAUGGGAAUAA